GCAGUAUUUACCGACCGAGAAGGGAACUGGGUUUACCGGGACGGGCACGGCUGCUGGCAUGGUUGCGAUGGCGGAUGGAGGGGAGAUGAUGGAGCGAGAGAGAGCUAUUUGAAAUGGAGACGUGGAGAAUAAAACACACAGUGAGCGAGAGAGCGUCUCCGUCAGCUCUGGUCGGGGAGUGCGUGAGGUUCUGUCGUCUGUCUCUCGCUCUUCCUUCGCCGCGCUGGGCCUUCCUUGCUCUCGCCUCAUUCCUGCUUCGAUCAAACUGUGCACUGCUCUCGCGAGGGGCGAAACAUAAAGAAAAGAGCGCAGCGAUCGCGAGAAUUGCUUGUCCGGUAGUGGUCGAUCGACGGAAGACGGAAGGCGCGAGCGGAUCACGUGCAGACAGGGCUGCCUGGUGCUGCGUCAGGCGGAGGACGCGAGAUUUCCAAGCGAGGACGCGCAUGGAGAAGAGAUGAGAGUUCCGAUCGGAGAAAGGAAUGUUGAACGAUUGUCGGAGGUUGACGAGCGCAGAUCCAGUAGCGCAUUUGGUGGCUAGAGCUAGUCUUGAUCCGGAAUCGGGCAAUGUGAGAUUGGUAGGCAGGAGAACAGGGAACGGAUUAAAGCCGCAGUUUAAAGAGUUGGACGAGGUGGACGAGGGGAGGGGCGAUGGUGGAUCCUGGUGCCCGACAUUACCUGUAGGCGCAGUUUCUUGGAAGGGAGCAUCAUGUUUGAGGCUCACGUCCUACAUCUUCUGCGCCGAUAUCUGGGUGAAUAUGUACGCGGCCUUUCCGUGGAAGCCCUCAAAAUCAGUGUGUGGAAAGGCGAUGUUGUUCUCAAGGAUCUGCAGUUGAAGGCAGAAGCACUGAAUGCUUUGAAACUUCCUAUCACUGUAAAAGCUGGCUUUUUAGGUUCUGUAACGCUCAAGGUACCAUGGAAUCGGCUUGGCAAAGAGCCUGUUAUCGUUCUUCUAGAUCGAAUUUUUGUGCUUGCGGAGCCACUGCAGGAUGAAAGCUCCUCGAAGAGGGAAGACAAAGAAAGCUGGCUUGAGUCGAAGAGGCGUCGAAUUGAGGAAAAGGAGCUGGCAUAUCUUGAAGCUAAAGACAAGAAAAUCGCCACACCUGAAGAUGCACCAGAAACGAGCACUUGGUUGGGAUCUUUGAUUGCAACAAUAGUCGGUAACCUUAAAAUAUCGAUAACAAAUUUGCAUAUACGUUAUGAAGACACUGUCAGCAAUCAAGGUCAUCCAUUCUGCUCUGGAGUCACGUUGGCUAAACUCGCAGCAGUUACAGUUGAUGAAACUGGAAAUGAAACUUUUGUUGCGAGUGGAGCCUUGGAAAGGCUUCGUAAGAAACUGGAGCUUCAACGGCUUGCCGUCUACCACGAUUCAAAUAGUAGCCCCUGGAAACCAACUAAAGAAUGGGAAGAUCUUACACCGAAGGAGUGGAGUGAGAUCUUUGAGGCAGGAAUCUCUUCCGAUGUUCCUCCCGACGCGAAAUCUUCCAAGUGGGCUUCCGGUCGAAGAUUUUUGCUUCAUCCUGUCGAUGGGAUCAUGAGAUAUCAUCGGCGGGGAAAGCGGGAAAAUAGAGAACCCCAUAUUCCAUUUCAAAAGGCCUCCCUUGUACUGGACGAAGUGUCUGCUACCGUUUCAGAGGCCCAGUAUUGUGAUGGAAUGAAGUUGUUGGAAGGUGUGUCAAGAUAUCGUACACGGAUGCAGUAUUCCCAUUUGCGACCGCAGUUGUCAGUUUCUGAUGAUCCACAUGCCUGGUGGCUUUAUGCAUGCCAGGCAGUGUUGCAGCAGCAAUCCAAGAUGUGGUACCGUCUUUCUUGGGCGAAAGUCGUUGAUGUGUGUGAGAGGCGAAGAAAAUAUGUGCGCCUGUAUGCUGCCUAUUUGCAGCAAAGUCCAAAGGUGGACAAUCAGGAGAUUAGGGAUAUGGAUAAAGAGCUCGAUGCUGAAGUUGUUCUACUUUGGAGAUUGUUAGCACAUGCAAAGGUUGAGAGUGCAAAAUCGAACGAAGCCGCAGUGGAACGAGAGCGCGUCAGAAAAAGUUCUUGGUGGUCAUUCGGAUGGGGAGGCGUUGAUGGAAACCGCUCUAAUGCUAGUGCAAGCGUUAAAGGAGAAGCUGAGUCUACCGUGCCCGGACAGUUAACGAAGGAGGAAUGGAACAAAAUCAACGAUUUGUUGAGCUACAGACCAGACGAAGACUUGUCCACCCUUUCAGAUCCAGAAGCACCGAAUAUGCUGCAAACAGCGCUAGAGGUUUCAAUUAAACGGAGUGCAGCUUCCCUUCUUGACAAGGAGGAAAGAGAAAUACUCUGUGGCACUUUUGAAACCUUGCAAGUGUCUUUGAUGCGCUACCCAAAGACUGAGAAGUGUGAUGUAAAGCUUAAAUUUUACGGACUCUCCGCACCUGAAGGCCGUCUUAUUGAGAGUGUCAGUCGUGAAGGAAGAGACCAUGCUUUGACAACGACCUUUGUCUACUGUCCAAUGGAGGAACCACUGGACUGGAAGUUGUCUGCUGCAAUGUCACCUUGUCAUGUCACGAUUUGGAGGACUAGCUUCGACAGGUUUCUUCAGUUCCUCAAGAGCAGUCAAGAAUUGAGUCCCGGUGUAGCCUUGGAAACUGCCGCAGUCUUGCAGAGUAAAUUAGAGGAAGUAACUCGAAGAGCACAGGAGCAGCUGCAGCUUGUGCUCGAGGAACGAAGAAGGUUCCAUGUUCAUUUGGAUUUGGACGCUCCGAAGAUUGCAAUUCCAGCAGAGGCUCUAGAAAGUGGUGGAGAGGGCACUCAGCUCCUUCUGGAUUUGGGUCAUUUCACGUUAGAAACAGCUCUGGAAGAGGAACACGACAUCGAGAAGACAGGCCUUUACUCUCGUUUCUACAUCUCUGGUAGUGACAUUUCUGCUUUCUUGGUUGACGGCGCUUUUGACUGGUCAGAGUUGCCUCCAGCGAACAGUCCAGCACCCACAAUUCAAGAACUUAAAUCUUCUAAAAGUGUCGAUUCUCCCGUCAUGCCGGGAAGACUCAUCCUUCCUGUUCUUGAUCGUUGUGGCAUGUCGGUUGUACUGGACCAGAUACAAGUUCAACAUCCUAGCUUUCCAUCAACCCGCCUUCAAAUAAGAGUUCCACAUCUUGGUCUUCAUUUUUCUCCGGGUCGAUACCGAAGAAUGCUGCUCCUGCUGAAGGCGCUUGGAGGUGCUGAUCAAGCUGUGGAAGGAUCUGAAGGAUUAGCCAAGACAGAGGUCGUAACAGCUUGGCAUUCGGCAGAUUUUUCUGGAGAAGCGAGGGUUCUCCUUUGGGGGGGCAUAGGAAACACUGUUGCAGAAUGGCAGCCUUGCUGGGCAGUGUUAUCAGGUUCAUACUUGUACAUUUUGGAAUCAGAAAAUGCUCAAACUUACCAACGAUGCUCAAGCGUAGUCGGCAAACAAGCACUGGAAGUUCCGCCGUCAAGUAUUGGUGGUUCUGAGAAUGUUGUCGGUAUUUUUCAUCGAGGAGUUGAUGUGCAGAAGGGUAUCGAGUCCUCACAUGCAGUCGUCUUACAACUUAGGGCGAGGGAAGUUCAGGCGGCUUGGCUUAAAAAUCUCACGCGGGCUACUUAUAAGGCAUCUGUACCGGUAUCUCUUUCACUUCCAGCAGAAUUCGCAGAAAAUGAUUCUGAUGAUAAUGAGAUCGACUCAGUGGAUCUUCACAAACAGCCCCACUUGCUAGUCAUGGGUUCCUUGGAUGAAUUUCAACUCUCUAUUUGUGGAUCGAGUAACCGGCCAGCUCUUGCUGGGAGGCAGUCAAGUGGUGAAGAAACUCUCAUUCUGCAAAUGCAAGGUACCGGGGGCAAGGUCGACCUAUUACAACGGCAGUAUGACAUGCUUAUAGGAGUGAAAUUGCACUCUCUUAAAAUUGAGGACGAACUUCAAGGACACGUUGGUCCAUCAUGCCGUUAUAUUGCCCGUUCUGUGAUCUCUACAAGUAACACGCAUUUUAUGCUAGAUCCAGUUGAGAAUGAGGGUUCCUGGAGUCGGGAGGAUAUGCCGCCCCUGAAUGUGGCCAUAGAUGAUGAUGAUGAUGAUUUUGAUGACGCAUUACCAGAUUUUGGGAGUCCUCAUUCAAGUGUCUCUGCAGCUCAGAGUCCCUCUAGUUCCUUUCGUCAUGCAUCAUCUACAAAGCUGGAGGCAUCGUCAAGUGAGAAAGCACUACCCCAUUGGGAUCUAGAUCAUUUGAGUGCCAUCAGGGCAGAACAACUUCUGGAUGAGAUAUUCAAUGAACAUGAAGAUGUUGAGGUUUCUGAUUUCGUGAACCUGAGGCUUGUAAUUCGACACAAGGAAUCUGUUGACUAUGAUGGCACAGACACUCAGAUGAACAUACGCAUGGCAACUCUCGAUUUUUUCUGCAACCGGCCAACUGUGGUAGCAAUUAUCGAUUUUGGAUCAGAAUUGAGUGAGGUGAUGGAUAUGGAUUCUGCAGCCUCGAAAAGUAGCGGUGGUCUUCCUUCUGUUUCCUCAGGCGAGGCGUUAUCUAUUGAAACUUUGGAAACAUCUGAGAGACAUAUUGUGAAAGGCUUGCUUGGUCGCGGGAAGUCAAGGGUUGUCUUUCGUCUUCGUAUGGACAUGGAGAGUGCACGUAUCUAUUUGAACAAGGAAGAUGGUUCGCAGUUGGCGAUGCUGGCCCAAGAGAAGUUCAUGAUGGAUUUGAGAGUUUAUCCAGGUUCAUUCACGAUAUCCAGCACCCUGGGAAAUUUGCGGGUUUGUGAUACACUUCUGGGUCCUGAUCAUCGAUGGGGUUGGCUAUGCGAUAUUCGGGACCCUGGUUGUGGGUCUCUUGUUGAGUUGGAGUUUCAAUCUUUCAACAAGGAUGAUGAUGAUUUUCAAGGGCAUGACUACAGCUUAACGGGGAAACUGUCAGCUGUGCGGAUAGUAUUCCUUUACAGGUUCAUUCAAGAGAUAACAGCCUACUUCUAUGCACUAGCCACCCCACAAGUGCAGCAGGUUAUCACUGUCGUGGAUAAGGUUGGAGGAAUCGAAAAGCUUAUACAGCAAUCGGAUAUUGAAGGUGGACCUGCUCUGAAGCUGAAUGUCUCUCUAGACACGCCAAUCAUUAUCAUGCCUCGGAACUCUGAGAGUCGAGAGUUCAUGCACAUGGAUCUUGGUCAUUUGGAGGUCUUCAAUACCUUCCAUUGGCAUGGUGGCGUCAAGAGCGAUCCGUCUGCUGUUCACAUGGAUGUCCUCUCCGCCGAGAUAACAGAUAUCAAUAUGGUUGUUGGCAUCGAUGGUGAGCCUGGCAAGCCCAUGAUUGAGGAGGCUUCUGGAAUUCAUAUAACCGUGAAGAGACCUCUUCGAGACCUGUUCAAGAAGGUGCCAGAGAUGCAAGUUGAUAUACAAGUAGACAUGCUGUGCGGAGUCAUGUCUGACAAGGAGUAUCUCGUAAUAAUUGAUUGCGCUUCAACAAAUGUGUCGGAACAGCCCAAUCUCCCACCCACUUUCCGGGAGGAUAUUGGAGCUAGCGAGGUUGGGAAUCAAGAGUUCAUGAAUCUUGAGCCAGCUCAAGAGACAGACGAGCAUCUAACAGUUCACGCAUCUAAUACUGAUGGCCAACCAGUGUUGACCUGGACCAAAACAAGGGUUAAUAUUGAUAUUAGACAUGUGGAGUUGGAACUUUACAACGGUGUCGAGAGAGAGUUUCCUCUGGCGCGAUUGGAGAUCCAAAAGUUUUGGCUUAAUUACUGCACAACAACAGCACAAGAGAUGGACAUAUACGUAACCGUGCCAAAAUUGUCAGUAGUAGAUCUUCGAGCUGAUACCAAGCCGGAAAUGCGCUUGAUGCUAGGUUCAAUGUCGGAUGUGGAUUCGGUCUCGAGUUCAGGUGUCAGCAUGAUUAAUAAUCGCGGAGACAACUCUCGUGGUAUGCCGUCCGAGAGCAGUGCAAAUUCUGAGUUGACGAUGCUUGUAAUGGAUAUGAGAUAUAAGCGCGAUUCAUCAACAGUUGUUAUCCGCGUACAACGUCCAAGACUGCUUGUUGUUGUCGACUUUUUGUUGGCCGUGGGGGAGUUUUUUGUACCAUCUCUCGCUUCUAUCACCGGAAGGGAUGAAGCUAUGGAUGUCAGUAAUGAUCCUGUCACGCUUCACGAUUAUAUCAGACUCAACGACAGUAUAUACACGCAGGUGGAAGAUACUGUUGUUUUGUCUGCGGAGAGGCAGCUUGUGGCUGAUGCCCAUGACGUUGAUGAAUUUGUGUACGAUGGAGGUGGAAAAACUCUUUUUUUAGACAUUACAGAAGACAUCAGCCGCUAUCCAAAGGUGGAUUUGGAACCAAUAAUUUUCGUCGGUCGGUUUAAACACUUGCGCUUCAAAAAUAUUCGCAUCAAGAAUGGACUAUGGUUAAGCAAAUGCAUACACCUCAGCAGUGACAGUUCGUACAGUGCUGCGCACGAAGAUGGCGUCGUUCUGGAAGGUUCAGAAGACAGUGUGGAUAUAUUCUCGAGUCAAAAAGCUGGCGGCAGGGGUAAGGCUCUGAGAAUAUCAAGUGGUCAGAGUGACUCCUCGGAGGACAACAACUUCGUUCUGGAUGUACAGGCUGUAUCACCAGAGCUUACUUUCUACGACAGUACCAAAUGGCCGUCUGGUAGCCUGGCACAACGAGAGAGACUUCUAAGGGCGAAAUUGAGCUUCAAUCUUAUGUAUGCUUCAAAAGGAAAAGAUCGAUGGAUCAAGGGUAAUGUGAAGAGCCUCACGAUAGAAGGAGGCUCAGGCAUUGUGGUUGUUGAUCCUCUAGAUGUGACUGGGGAGUACUCUUGUGUACAAGACAAGACGUCCAUGCUUGUUGUUUCCAGUGACAUAUCUAUGCGUCUCUCUUACAAUGUCAUCAGCCUCGUCCUUCGUAUACAACAAGAUGCUGCGUCAACAUUUUACUUUGGAGAUGCUCGUCCGGUUUUGCCCUGUACCCACUUUGACCGUAUAUUGGUCACCAAUUCAGGAAUCAAUGCUUCGCAGAAAGUUACAAUUUGGAGACCUAGAGCACCACCUGGCUAUGCCAUUUUGAGUGAUUGUGCAGCUUCAGGGACUGCACCUCCUUCGCAAGCUGUUAUGGCAGUAUGCAAGUCUUAUCGACAUGUGAAAAAGCCUGUGGACUUUAAGCUUUUGUGGUCUACUCUUUGUGAAGUUGGGCAAGGGCGGCCGGAUGUGAGACCUCCCCAGGAGGAGUUAAGUGCGGAAAAUAACGAAACCUGGAGCAUAUGGUUGCCCAUUGCACCCCCUGGCUACUCUGCUGUGGGCUGUGUUGUUGAGAGAGGAACGUCUCCACCACUUCUGAGUGUUGUCCAUUGCAUUCGUUCUGACCUUCUGACUUCAGGUUCCAUCAGUGAUUGCAUCUACUAUAUUCCGCCAGGCACCAGGGAGGAGCAAAAAAGUGGCUGCAGCUUUUGGCGAGUGGAAAACGUUGUGGGAUCGUUUUACGCCCAUUCAUCCGUAGAACCUCCUCCCAAAUCUUUCUUAUGUGACCUACGAGAAGUACUCCGUUAUGGACUAGACAGCAGUGGGAAUGAAGACGAGAAAUCGAGCAAUGAACCUGCAGCCCAGCAGGAUUCUAGCAACAGGCGACGACUUGAGAAGAGACCAAGCUCCUCUCGCUUGGACACUAUUCCAGAUUCUCCUUCGAAGACAAACAGAAAUUGUAUUCCCACGUCGCAGUUCGAACGCAUCUGGUGGGACAAAGGCUCAGAAACCAGGCGAAUCGUCUCAAUAUGGAGAUCCAUACCACCACCGGGGUAUGCGGUAAUUGGGGAUUGCCUUGUUGAAGGGUUGGAGCCCCCCAGCUUCGGUAUAGCUCUUCGAGAAGACGAUUCAGGAAUUCUGGCAAGGCCUACCAAAUAUUUGCAACGAAUGCACACCUCAGGGAAGGGUUUUGAAGAUGUUUACAUCUGGUUUCCGGUUGCACCUACGGGUUACGUUGCGAUGGGAUGCAUAGCUACAAAGACUCAAAAUAUGCCAUCAACCGAUCUCGUUCGCUGUGUGCGAACGGACAGUGUAACCCAGAUGAACUUUUCCAAGAAGCCUCUGUGGAGCCUGUCAACUGAGAAAAAUGUGAAUUUGGUUUGGAACAUUGGUGCUAAUCGUGGAGGCUACCAAUGUAGCUUGUGGAAGGUCGAUAAUCAGGCUCAUACUUUCAUCGCCCGACCGGAUCUGAAACGACCUCCUGCUCGAAUGGCAUAUAGUAUUCCCGACAUCGGAAAGAAAAAACUACGGGACAAUCUGACUGCUGAAGUCAAAAUAGGACGUCUUUCUGCAACAGUUUACGACGAUUUAAGUGGACUGAUGACUCCCGUUAUCGACAUGACAGUUACCAACAUCAACCUUGCGGCCCACGGUCGGUCGGAGGCUUUUAGUGUGGUUGUAAUUACGGCUAUUGCCGCUUCCACAUUCAAUCUGAGGCUUGAGGCGUGGGAACCUCUCAUUGAGCCCUUCGAUGGCAUAAUCAAGUACGAAUCUUACGAUAAUACCGCCGAAGCAUCCCUUAAAGUUGGGAAACGGUUUCGAAUUACUGCAGCGAAUGUGGUGAAUGUGAAUAUGACCUCAGCAGCUAUUGAUUCCCUCGUUGGGGCAAUGCUGGCUUGGCGCAAGCAGGUGGAAUUCGAGGAAAAGGCGCGGAUGGUCAUGCAAGUGGAGGAAAAAGAGGACACAGACAGCAAUAAUUCUACACUUAGUUCUGCACUGGAAGAAGAAGAUUUGGAGAAAGUGGUAAUCGAAAACAGCCUUGGAAGUGACUUAUAUCUCCGUACUUUUAAGGAUGAUUUUCAAAAGGUUACUGUUCUGGCUAUGGAACAGACUAGCUUUGUCCGCUUGCCACCACCCAAGUUUCCCGACAAGUUUAUGACUGGAACUGAUACAAGACCGAAUCGCCACUAUGUUGUUGUGCACGUGGCUGAGGCCAAGGAUCUACUUGUGAAUGACGAUGGCAACGGCCAGGAAUAUCUAUGCGCCUUACGAGUUGCUGCCACUCGACAAUCUGCGGAUGCGCAGAAAGCACUUCCUCAGAGUGCCCGAUCUCGUUGUGUCCGACCAUCAUCUCUGACGCAAGGCCCCAGCUCCCUCCUGGCUACGGCUAAAUGGAAUGAGGUGUUUCUGUUUGAGGUGUCUCACCAGGGUUCUGCAAGUUUGGAAGUUGUUGUUACGAACAUGGCAGCUAAAGGAGGCAAAGGACAAGCUGUAGGAGUCGUCUCAGUACCUAUGGAAGAUUUGAGUGGAAGCAAGCAAAAUCAAUCAGCAUUGUGGAACAUAGUGAAACAGUCUAUAGUCCGUCGCUCUUCAUGGCCCACUGUUCACGAAAAAACGUUCACUUUGCACCCGCCUCGAAAAAGGGAAAGUGUCAGUGGUGGUGCAAGACCCAGCAGUGGAUCAAUAACGGUCAGCAUGUUUUUUUUCACAUCUGGUCCAAAUCAGCCAGCAAAUGGUGAAAGUGCUUCAGGAUUUCAGAAGAAGGAGGUUCUUGGUAGUGACAUGGGUUUAUGGUUUUCGUCUAAUUCUGAAGGACCGUGGACCGGCUUGCGCUCUGCAUUAACCCUGGGCACUGUCCCGAAGCAAAUUGGUGACCAACAUUUGGCAGUCGAAGUCACCAUGCAGCAAGGCCUAAAGCAUGUGAAAGUGCGUAGCCUUGUUAUGGUAGUCAACAAGACAGAUAUUGAACUCGAUGUUUGCAUAUGCCCUUUGUCUCGUCUGAAUACACCUGAUGGUGGAAGGAGUGCUGCUGAUGAGCUGGACUUGGUAGUUGAAGAGGUUUUUGAGAAUCAGCGAUUUCAGCCUCUUGGUGGUUGGGGUAGCAAGUGGCCUGGUCACCUGAUGCCAACUGAUCCUGGUCGUUGGAGCAGUCGUGACUAUUCUGAAUCUUCACAGGAUUUUAUUGAUAAGCGAUUGCCCCCUGGUUGGAUCUGGACCUCGGACUGGGUUAUAGACAAAGCAAGUCAUGUGGACAACGAGGGCUGGUAUUAUGGUGCAGAUUUUCAGAGUCUGAAGUGGCCACCCACCUCUACUAAGGCUAGUAAAAAAUCAACUUUUGACUUUGCCAGGCGACGGCGCAGGGUGCGCACGAGACAACGCGUGCCGGAGAGUACGUUUGUUCGAACAAGGCAUAUCAUUGGUCUGGUCCAGCCUAACGCUUCCAUUUCUAUUCCAUGGUCAAGUAUCGAUGCGAAGACCGACUUCUGUGUUCAAGUUCGUCCCCAUACUGAUCCUGUUCAGUACUCGUGGGGUCGAGCUCUUGUCGAUGCCAACUCAUCAAGUAGUAGCCGUACCAAUGACGAGGGUAGUCAGUCGGGCAGCAGGACGGCUACACGGUUGACUUCAAACGGUGUGCCGAUUUCUUCAUUUCUUUUGAAUCAGCUUGAAAAGACGGAAGAGCUACUGCUCUGUCUCCCUGCUUCCGACAGUAAAUCCAAGGGCUUCAGCUGGCUGAAUAUGGAAGCGGACGCCAGCAUACUUUAUACUGAAUUGAACACACCAAUUUAUGAUUGGAGAUUAUCCGUGAACGCACCUUUAAAACUUGAAAAUCGUCUUCCUUGUAAAGCUGAGUUCAUUAUCUGGGAGAAGACAAGAGAAGGGACGACCUUGUUGAAGCGUCAUCAGGACGUUGUGGAUGCCGGAGAUAGUGUGUAUCUCCACUAUGUCGACGUUCGGAGACCUGUUUAUUUGACUUGGUUGGCACAGGGUGGAUGGAAGACUGAAAAGGAAGCGGUUCUUAUAUCCGAUCCGUCAGUGGAAAGUCUACCGUCAGGUUUCUGGAUUAUACACCAGCAAAAUGGCAGGAAGCUACGCGUUAGCUUGGAAAAUGACUUCGGGAGCACAGCAGGAUCAGCAAAGAUUGUGCGCUUGUUCGUUCCGUACUGGCUUUGCAAUGAUGCUGAUUUGCCACUAAAUUAUCGAUUAGUUGAAAUUGAACCUAGUGGAGGAGCGACUGGUGAUUCAUCGUGGCUGACCCGAGCAGCCAAAGCUGCCAAACAGGCUGCGAGGCGUCCAGCACGCGCUGGUGAAGCCAGCAAAUCACAUCUUCACAAGGUGGUUCAGAGCAUAGAGCUCAUUGAACAACUCUCUGGAGUUCCUGUGAUGCUCUCUUUGCAAGCCCAGUCCGAUAGAAUAGGAGGACUGUCUCUUGCAAAUAAUGCCGAAGGUGGUAGGCUUUCUCCCCGUCUUGGGCUUUCCGUCACAAUCGGGAAUAAUACUCGCUGCAAUUCUGCUCUUUCAUUCCGUGACUUCGAAGAGAAUAUGGAGUGGGUGGACUUCAAGGCAGUUGAUGGAACGGGGGCUUACUACAAGCUAUCCGCCUUCCUGGAUAUGUCAUCAGAUAGAACCAAGGUUGUACACCUCCAGCCGCAUACGGUUUUCAUUAACCGCCUUGGGCAACGACUCAGUUUACGCCAGGAUGAUGUUGACAACGAAGAGCUCCUCUACCCAAACGAUGCUGCGAGAACUAUCCUGUGGCAGUCUACGUCUGAACCCGAACUUCUGAGUGUUUGUCUCGAAGGCUACAACUGGAGUCAAACUUUCAGUGUAGAAACAGAGGGUAUGAUGCGCAUCAUCCUGCAAGGCGAGGGAAAGAGCCCGUUUGUUGUCCAGACGGAGGUCCGCAGUGGUGUCAAGGGAUCUCGAUUUGUCGUGGUGUUCCGACGGGCUUCUCUCCUUGGCGCCUACAGGAUUGAGAACCGGUCAGAAGUCUUGCCUUUCCGUUACCGUCAAGCAGGUGGGAGUGGAGACUCUUGGCAGUUCCUACAGCCUGGAUACGCUGCUUCAUUUGCGUGGGAAGAUUUACAAAGAGAACGUUUGUUGGAACUUCUUGUUGAUGGAGCUGAUCAAGCGACGGCGCGUAAGGUCUGCAUUGACGACGUUGCUGAGAUGCAACCAAUGCCAACUAGAGGAGGUUCUGUUGCAGCCCUGAAUGUGAGGGUGUAUAAAGAGGGCUCGUUGAAAGUAGUCAGAAUAACAGAUUGGAAACCCAGCGACUCGGACUUGUCCAUUGUUCCCAGUACUCCAUCGGGAUCCUCAGUCCGAGUGCCUGAACCAGUCCAGGCAGUGAAUGGAAGCGACAACCAGUUUCAUGCCAUCUUGGAAUUAGCUGAGCUUGGAAUCUCGAUCGUCGAUCACACACCUGAAGAGCUACUCUACAUAACUCUGCAAAACCUCACUUUAUCAUAUGCGACCGGUCUUGGCUCUGGUACAAAUCGGUAUAAGCUUCGAGUGGAUGGACUGCAAGUCGAUAAUCAGUUGCCUUUGACACCAAUGCCUGUCCUUUUUAGCCCACAGGAUUCUGGUAACCGGCCCGAAUUCCUUCUAAAGUUAACGGCGACAACCAAGGAAAAUGGACUUCCUGACAGUUAUUCAUAUCCUUAUAUAGGCAUACAGGGCCCGAGCAUCCCGACUGUAGCAUUUUUGGUCAGAAUACAUGAACCAAUCAUUUGGCGUCUUCACGAGAUGUUCAGGCAGUGGAAUCUGCAGCGACUCACAACUAGUCAGACUACCGAUGUGGCCAUAGACCCAAUCAUCCGUAUCGGGCUUCUGCAUACUACUGAAAUUCGCUUCAAAGUCACGUUAGCAAUGUCUCCAACUCAGCGACCACGUGGAAUGCUGGGAUUCUGGUCAACUCUCAUGACAUCCCUUGGGAACACUGAUGAAAUGCCGAUACGAAUUACCCCAAGAGUACACGAAGAGAUGACAAUGCGUCAAAGUGCACUUCUCGCAGCCGCCGUCUCCAGUAUUCGGAAUGACGUGCUCAGUCAACCAUUUGCAUUGCUAUCAGGAGUGGAUUUACUGGGUAAUGCCAGCACUGCUUUCGGCCACAUGAGUAAGGGAGUAGCUGCCCUUUCGAUGGACAAAAAGUUUAUUCGCAGUCGGCAAAAACAGGAUAGCAAAGCAACUGUCGAAGAUAUAGGAGACGGACUCCGUGAAGGAGGUGAAGCUCUAGCUAAAGGCUUUUUCAGAGGUGUUACAGGCAUACUGACAAAACCUCUUGAAGGAGCGAGAUCAGCAGGCAUGGAAGGUUUUGUCCAAGGGGUAGGGAAGGGUGUUAUUGGUGCAGCAAUUCAGCCCAUGAGUGGGAUGCUCGACUUCCUCUCGAGGACCACGGAGGGUGCAAAUGCUACCCGUAUGAAGCUAACAGCAGCUAUCACGUUUGAAGAAGUGCUGGUACGACGACGACUUCCAAGAGUAAUCGGCGGGGAUAACGUGCUCCGACCUUACGACGAGUAUAAAGCUCGAGGGCAGGUUCUCAUGCAACUAGCAGAGCGCGGUGCCAUCUUUGGACCGAUCGACCUUUUCAAAGUGCGUGGUAAAUUUGCCAUGUCGGAUGCCUAUGAGGAUCAUUUCAAUCUUCCGAAGGGAAGAACGUUGAUGAUCACUCAUCGUCGAAUCAUCAUGCUUCAGCAUCCGUCUGGUGUAAUUGUUCAGAAACGAGCUGAUCUUUUGAAGGACCCGUGCACGGUGUCUUGGGAUGUUACUUGGGAUGACUUCAUGACUAUGGAGCUUGCUCAGGGUAAAGACGAGCCACUUAGCUUACCCCCCUCACGUCUAAUCAUCCAUCUUCGCAACUGGUCCCAAGAUACAAGGCUCUUCGACAGUAAGGAAAUCGCUCGAAUCGUCAAGUGCCAUCCUGGCACUAAACAGGCGGCUGAAAUUCGUCUUGCGAUUCAAAAAGCUUACGAUACCUAUGGACCUGAUAGAGCCAACGUCACACAGGGAGGGCUAUCCAGGAGGCCGUCAAUCAGGAAGCCCUAUGCAGCUGCUGGAGCUGGUGCUGCAUCAGGUGCAGCGCUUGGUCUGCUGGCUGGCCCAGCCGCUCCAAUUGCUGUGCCAGUGAUGGCCACAUUUGGUGCGUUGAUUGGAGGGGCAGGCUCGGCAAUGCUGGAGAAUGAGAGCGAAUUGCCCCCUGCGGAAAGUAUACGUUCUGCACGUGGCAACUUCGGUGACCAGUCGUUGAGAUCAGAUUCACUGGGUAGAGUGCAAGUUGGAAAGUUCAUCAAUGAGUUUGAACUCAUGUGGUGGGAUAAAGGAGCUCCGUGGAGCAAAAAGUUCCAGGUUUCCAUCUGGCGUCCCGUUGCUCCAUCAGGGUUUAUAUCUGUAGGUGACGUUGUGCAGCGCUGCUAUGACCCACCAGACAGUGCAAUGGUCUAUAGAGAUGAUCAUGAUGGAAAGUUCACCCUUCCAGAUGGAUUUGAUUUGGUGUGGAGAGAUACGGAGAGUGGCGCAAGGGAACCUGUAACUAUAUGGAAACCUCGACCCCCUGCAGGCUACAUAGCAAUCGGAUGUGUGGUAGUGCCCGACUACUGCGAACCAGAUCGCGAGGUUCUACGGUGUGUAAGAAAGGACUGCGUCGGGAAUGUGCCCCUCGGACAAGUACCACUGUGGAGGGACUACAACGGUGCAGCCCUUUGGCACUGCAGUCUUUGGCAAGUUCAGAACGAUGCUCAUACUUUCCUGGCGAAACGAGAUCAUCAACCUCCUCCGCCGAAUCUUGCAUACACCGUUCUUCCUUAGGACUAUGCUGCGAGCUUGGUCGUUAGAUUGGUAAUGUUUAUACUAACCUGCUCUGAUCCCACGCACAAUUGUAGGUAGCUUUCUCCGUCACCGGAAUCAGCAUUCCCCCUUUAUUUUUAAGCUUCCUAGUCUCCCCCGACUAGAAGCUUAUCAAUGUAUAGUUUUUCGAACUUGACUAGUCGAAAAUUCAGAAGUGAAAAGUACAGUUAGAAUUUUCGACCCUGCGGCCGACACGAUUGAGUUCAACAGCCGAAGUAAGCUAGUCCAGUUAAGAAUAGAUUGGUUUCUUCAAGUGUUUGUUUUAAGCACAGCGAGUCAAGUAGAACGCUCCCUAUCUCAUUGUGGAGCAAUUUGUAGAAGGACACUUUGAAAUACAUGAAGGCCAUUCGUCCACCCGGGAGAAAUUGUAAAAUUCUUGAGAGAGAAUUAGGUUAUUUUAAACUCGAAAUUUUCGCAAUAAAAUCACUUGCCCAUUGGAAAAUGUGGGUGAUUCCAUUCAC